GGCAACGUUCACAGGCAGCCGGUGUGGGACGAAAGAUAGAAAAAAAGGCGCCUCUACUGAUACUUCCGCUUGAGGCCCCGCACAACUUCCGGAACGUCAGGUUAAUCACAGCCAUCAGCUGCUGUGGCCAAGAUGGCGCAUAGCCUGGCGGAGUCGGAGGUCCCCCUGGACGAGGACCUCGCCGGGGACCAGGGCAAAGGCGGCCCGAGGCGCUGCAGAGGGCGACCCAGGCUCACGGACCACGACCGGGCCCAGAGACGCCUCGAAUCCCGGAAGAAGUACGACGUGCGGAGGGUGUACCUGGGCGAGUCGCACAAGCUGUGGAGCGAGCUCCGCCGACGGACCAGCCUGAGUGAUGCCGGACUGGCGGAUUAUCUGCUCCUGCUCAACUCCACGUACGGAGACAAGUACCAGCAGAAGUACUGCGGGAAGAAGAAUGCACCGGACGUCUCAGUACAGCAGACAACAGGCAGGAAGGACCGCGUGUCCGGCCUCCAGAGCCUGGUGUGUUGGUACCAGGAGCACUCCCGCUCCUGCCCUCACGAGCCCCAGCUCAAGGCUCUGGUGCCCCAGCCCAACUUCUCCACUGCUGCCAUCUGGCAAUGUGACUCCAACCACUCGUUUGUGCAAUACCUUUUCUCACCGGCGACGGAGGCAACCGACUCUGAACAUGAGGAGGGGGUGGAUGGAGAGGAGGAUGCGGCAAAAACGGAUUUGCACGCGGCUAAAGGCACAGUGGGCAGGAGGAGAAAGAAAGAGAGUCUCAAACCAUUCAAAGAUGUGGGAGAAAAUGUGCCCAGGAGCCCGAUCAAAGAGUCUGCAAUUCUAAACCACCUGCCCAGUGUAGAGGCUCCUUCCAAGGAUGUUCCACUGACAGGGCAGCCUGUCUGGGAGUCCUCAGAGGACGAGGACGAGGCCGAAGAUCUGAGGCGAGGCAGCGACAGCGACGGAGGGGAAUGUGUAGAAGAGCGACUCGGAGAAGAGGAAAUCAGAACUAUACCACAUAAUUAUGCCUGUGUUGCCAUGACGACAUCCUUGGCUGAUAGACUGGAGAAGACGGAUGAGGACUCUGCGCUGUCACGGAGCUUGAGUGGCUCCGUCGACCUGGGCGCUCCGCCGCAGCUGUCGGCCCCACCACCCGUGCAUAUCCAAGAGCAGGGUGAGCUAUUUGACCCUCACACUCUGCAGACCAUAGUGACCAGCUGUGAGAUUCCUGACCAGAGGACGACAUUGGAGGGCUCACAGUUAAUCAUCAUCACGGGCCCCAGCUACGAGGCCCUGGCAUCGGAGGGCAUCCAGCUCAACAUGGGCGGUGGAAACGUGGAGGAGGUCACCUGCACCGUCAUCGGUGGCGUCACCUAUAACCAGGUGUGCUCCUGUGACUCCAAAAUUGGAGAGGAUGAAGACUCCAUGACAGGGUUGAGUGACAAACAGCUGCUGCAGUCCUCCGAUGACGCUCUGGAGCUGAGUGCUGACAGAGAACUGCAGAGGAGUCUGAGCAGCGUCAGGUCGAAGAGAAACCGACGAGGCCCAGUCAUCGAGGCUGACGGGAUGCUCAAGAUGUUCCACUGUCCAUAUGAGGGCUGCAGUCAAGUCUAUGUGGCUAUUAGCAGCUUUCAGAAUCACGUGAACCUAGUUCACAGGAAAGGGAGGACCAAGGUUUGCCCCCAUCCAGGCUGUGGAAAAAAGUUCUACCUGUCCAAUCACCUGCAUCGCCACAUGAUCAUCCAUUCAGGGGUAAGAGAUUUCAUCUGUGAGACGUGUGGAAAAUCUUUUAAGCGUAAGAAUCACCUGGAGGUUCACCGGCGGACCCACACAGGAGAGACACCACUUCAAUGUGAAAUCUGUGGCUACCAGUGUCGCCAGCGUGCGUCCCUUAACUGGCACAUGAAGAAGCACACCCCCGAGGCCCACUACAACUUCACCUGUGAGUUCUGUGACAAGCGGUUCGAGAAGCUGGACAGUGUCAAAUUCCACAAGCUAAAGAGCCACCCGGACAAGCAGGCCACCUGAGACACUCGAGCACUGCCGACAGCAGCUAAACAAGUACAGGUUGGCCCUCCGGUGCUAAAACCGAAAGAAGACUUCCAGUGAACACAGAGACUUUCCUCCGCUGUGGUUGUCUUGGUUCUCGUGCCCACGGUGACGGGGAUCGCCUGUCAACACCCAAACCGGGGAUAAAGGCAGUGCGUCACACUCACAGCUGUGCAGGACACGGCAAGAAAGAAACUCUUAAUCCACUGUUGAUUAACUGACCAUUCACCAAACAUCUUUACUGAACAAUGAUCUUCCAAUCCUAGUUAGACAACCAUACCUAGACUGCCGAGCUUUGGAUUUUUUCUACAUCAUUAAAAUCAUCAUUAAAGUAAAAAAAGCAAUGUUUGACAAUUAAUAAUGUCACCGCCGUCUCGCUUAGCUGAGUGUGUAAGCUACACAGCUAAUUUUGAGUUUGGUUUGAACAGAACCUUAUCCUACCAGGAGCUCUCAACUGCAGUAGUAAUAAUAAUAAUACAUUUCAUUUAUAGAGAACAAGAACUAUGUUCCUUUAUUCCCAUGUCUAACACAUGGAUCAUUAACCGAUGAGGAUACUGGCUCUUUGUUUGGGAAUUGCCGCUUUACCCAUUUACAGAGUUCCCGUGUUAAAACAAGUCAGUUCGACCCUUUAAAAAGUCGACCUAGCCUAACUAAUUAGCUCGUUGGAGUUGAUGAAAUCUCAACAUGUCGGUUGGCAUGUCGCCAAAAAUUAGUGGUCACCAGCUUGGAUGGUAAACCUGCUUUUCUUUUUUCUACCUCUGUCUGAAAUCAAUAAUCCAUUGUUUCAAAAACUACAACGAAUCUUGAGCGGCAGCUGAACUGGUGCUGCAAGGGGGGGGGGUUUAGUGAACAGUCAAUUAAAAAAUUUAAGAGGGAAUAUUUUCCAUUUAGGGAAACACAUUUGUAUUCUUCGGGGGGGGGGGGGGGUGGUAUGGUCCUUUGUAAAGACAAAGUAUGCUUUAAGUAUGAAUGGCCCAUUAGUAUGCCACAAGGUAAGAUUAUUGAUGAUAGCGAUUGUGGGGGGUAAAGAUUUAGCUACACAGGCCUACGGUGCGUGUGUUUGAUACAUUCGAGAUGAUGGCUGUGGAACUGACUGUCGUGUGCUGCACGGCGCAGUGACACAAAUGUGGGCGCUUUCAUUUCAGCCAUUCAAAUUUGAGCAUCUGUUGUGUGGGCCAGGAGAGUGGUCUUCUUGAUAUUGCAUUUUCUGUUUUUCACCAUCCCAGUGAUCCUGACUCACAGGCACAGACGAGUAAACCUGUGAGUCAGUGACAGUUUCUCAGGAAAAUUCACCUCAGCCCCCUCGUGUCCCUUUGGUCUGUGGUAUGUCUAUAUUUUGUGUUCCUACGUAAAUGCACUUGUUGUCACUUCUGUCAGUUUUUUCAACUGAUGAAUAACUCCAAUACGUGAAUAUGACUCAUAUUUGUGUUCUACCAUUCUCUUUCUGAAUUACAUUUGUGUGACACAAAUGGUUAACAAUAUGCAAAAUGUUUUUGCCUCUUGCAUAAUGCACUCGGUGGUGUGUGCGUAUGUGUGUAUGCCUUUGUGAUGAAGUGUGGGUGUGCAUAGAACGUAAGAAAGGCAUGAAAAGCAGUGUUGUGACACGUCAUUAAAUGACUUCAUAGUUACUUAA